UACGUCUCACCUCAGUGUGGAUCAAGUCAGUCACCUUGGUUUCAUGUACCUCAGCCUCCACUGGCCCCCCUGGACCUCUGUGCCCUGCUCACACCCCCACGCCCAGAGAGACCUCAUCAACACACUGGCCAGAGUUGGAGGAGAGGAAGGUGGUUCUGGGAACAUCAGCCUCUCUGUUCUUGGCUCUGCGUGUUCCGUUGUUCUUGGCUGGAGGUUUAAGCCCCUCUCUUUUGCAGCAGGAAACUGGUGUAGGUCUGAGUAGAGUGACGGCACAGGGAGUGGGAGAGAGGGGGAGCAGGGAUCAGGCUAGAGGGGUGUUGUUCUGGUUGUACUUUCCCAAGGAAGAACUUUCGGUGAGAUUCUGUGAAGCUGUUGAUCUGGGCUUUACUGUAUUCACAUCAAACAUUUUCAAAUCCACUUCUGGAAUUACAUUUGAAGUUUGUCUUUUACUUAGCAGAGCCGUCUGAGGUUGAAACCACACUUCAAACACAGCUGCAGGGCCCAGGUGGGAACACUGAGAAGUUAGAGCUUCGACUUCACAACAACAGUAAGAUCAGUACCCAGCUUGUUGGGUACUAGUCAUGGCCUGCAUGAAAUGAGUCAUUAAGUUCAAUGAAGGUCAAAUAGGUUGUCCCAGUUUUACUGCCUUGGUAUCAACAGAAAAACAACAUGUAUUUUCUUGUGGCUCUGAUUCUCAUCAUGUGUCACGAGAAUUUUACUAUCUCAAUUGUUGAACUCAACUAUCACUCAAGCUUUGAACAAUUCCCAGAGGCUGUAAGGCUCUGGUUAAUUUAAUGAAUUAAACAAAGUCCCAUUUCUGCAAUGAAUCAGUAGUUUAUUCAUGAGAGCUCUGGCCUCUCAAGAUCAGAGCCCAUCCUUUAUACACAUACGUCAGACGAAAAUCCCACCCGCUUUAGGCGGGCUGUAUUUUUCCAAUGUACACAUAUUUGUUAUUCAAUUCUGCAACAUGUUUCAUAAUCUUCUCCAAGCCUAACAGUUUCUCCCCUCCCUGAGUUGGAAGGCCUAUUUCCUAUUGGUUUCACAGUUGUCACAAGUUGUCUGUCAACAGGUCUCCUUGUCCUUUGUUGUCUGACCUAACUCCUACUCAUAUUUCUAAAUAGUAACACAAUGUCAUAAUCUUAAUUUGUCCUACGCACACACAUUACUAGAUUAUAGUCUUAUUAUUCUAAUACAUUUCACACCGUUAUAUAGUUCCAGGGUGGAAUAUUUUAGUCAUUACAAAUUCUUCUAUCAAUCCACCCUUUGACUAAAUAUUACACACACACUUAAAAUACAUUGUUAUAAAAUGAAACACACAACAAAGCAUACAACUUGUUUUGCAUAUAAAAUGAAUCACUCGUAUGAAUCACACAAUAAAAAUACAAUUUGUCUUGCAGGGGGAUACAGAUAUUGCAAGUUAACACAAGACUCAUUCACCACAUUCCCAAGUGGCUUGAACAGUUUAACCAUGCAGGAAUAACCUGACGGAGAGUUAAAGCCCGUCAAGGGGAACGGAGUAGUGGUUAACCUAGGUUUAGCUGUUCCACAGGCGUAACAGUCCUCCUUGGACAUACAGUGGGGAAAAAAAGUAUUUAGUCAGCCACCAAUUGUGCAAGUUCUCCCACUUAAAAAGAUGAGAGAGGCCUGUAAUUUUCAUCAUAGGUACACGUCAAUUAUGACAGACAAAAUGAGAAAAAUAAAUCCAGAAAAUCACAUUGUAGGAUUUUUAAUGAAUUUAUUUGCAAAUUAUGGUGGAAAAUAAGUAUUUGGUCAAUAACAAAAGUUUCUCAAUACUUUGUUAUAUACCCUUUGUUGGCAAUGACACAGGUCAAACUUUUUCUGUAAGUCUUCACAAGGUUUUCACACACUGUUGCUGGUAUUUUGGCCCAUUCCUCCAUGCAGAUCUCCUCUAGAGCAGUGAUGUUUUGGGGCUGUCGCUGGGCAACACGGACUUUCAACUCCCUCCAAAGAUUUUCUAUGGGGUUGAGAUCUGGAGACUGGCUAGGCCACUCCAGGACCUUGAAAUGCUUCUUACGAAGCCACUCCUUCGUUGCCCGGGCGGUGUGUUUGGGAUCAUUGUCAUGCUGAAAGACCCAGCCACGUUUCAUCUUCAAUGCCCUUGCUGAUGGAAGGAGGUUUUCACUCAAAAUCUCACGAUACAUUGCGCCAUUCAUUCUUUCCUUUACACGGAUCAGUCGUCCUGGUCCCUUUGCAGAAAAACAGCCCCAAAGCAUGAUGUUUCCACCCCCAUGCUUCACAGUAGGUAUGGUGUUCUUUGGAUGCAACUCAGCAUUCUUUGUCCUCCAAACACGACGAGUUGAGUUUUUACCAAAAUGUUCUAUUUUGGUUUCAUCUGACCAUAUGACAUUCUCCCAAUCCUCUUCUGGAUCAUCCAAAUGCACUCUAGCAAACUUCAGACGGGCCUGGACAUGUACUGGCUUAAGCAGGGGGACACGUCUCGCACUGCAGGAUUUGUUUCCCUGGCGGCGUAGUGUGUUACUGAUGGUAGGCUUUGUUACUUUGGUCCCAGCUCUCUGCAGGUCAUUCACUUGGUCCCCCCGUGUGGUUCUGGGAUUUUUGCUCACCGUUCUUGUGAUCAUUUUGAGAUCUUGCGUGGAGCCCCAGAUCGAGGGAGAUUAUCAGUGGUCUUGUAUGUCUUCCAUUUCCUAAUAAUUGCUCCCACAGUUGAUUUCUUCAAACCAAGCUGCUGGUCUGUGAGAGCCAGAAAUCUUGCUUGUUUUUAGGUGACCAAAUACUUAUUUUCCACCAUAAUUUGCAAAUAAAUUCAUUAAAAAUCCUACAAUGUGAUUUUCUGGAUUUUUUUUCCUCAAUUUGUCUGUCAUAGUUGACGUGUACCUAUGAUGAAAAUUACAGGCCUCUCUCAUCUUUUUAAGUGGGAGAACUUGCACAAUUGGUGGCUGACUAAAUACUUUUUUUCACCACUGUAGUUCUUGCCGUAUACUGUAUCCAUUCCAACCAUAGGUUCGGAUCCCGGAACCCAGUCUCCACUUCCACUACUUCUUUUAGGUCCUUGGUAUCCGCUACCUGUAUCAUUCCCAUUGAAUUGAAUGGUUCAGUUUCCUGACCUUUAGAGGAAUUCACUAUUGUAUUAUCAGUGGUGAGGUUGUAUUGUGAUUUGACCUGCUGCUUUUUUACCCAUAGGGGCACUACGGUAUCCACUCCAUUUUGGUCAAACCCUACAUACCAUAGAGCGAAAUCCAUCGGCUGUACCUUUUUUAUGUUUAUUCGUACUUUUAAACAAUAUUUCUGUUGUCUGGGGUUACACUCUUUUCCCCUGAUGUAUUUUCCUGCCUUCACAACCGUCCAUCUGGACCCGUAACGGGUGUUCAAAUUUACAUAUCCUGCAGGCUCUGUAUGAGCCACAACAUGAUUCCAGGAGUUACAUGGUGACAUACAGACAUAUCGUCCCCAGGUUGCGAGACUCUUAGCCUGCCAAUUGGCCAGAUUCACCACUUGGUCUAUAAAGAACUUGAAUGAGAUGUCCUUUCCUACAGUCACUAGUACCUCCCCUUUCCCUACGUCAAGCUGUCUUUUCUGCCUGCUUUUGCUUUCCCCGGGCAUUACCUUCCUAAAUUGAGUUAGGUUAACUACUACUUCUGGCGGGUCAGGAGGGUUUGGGUGUGCCAGGAAUAUGGCUCCCACAAGCAGACAGCCACCUACCAUCAGGAGACAUGUAAAUCCCACCCUCGUCCUGCAAACAUGUCAGACGCCAGAGGCCAACCCAUUGCUUUAACUUCUAUCGAACUCACACAGGGAUGAUCAGACAGGGUAAGGGAAUCUUUGUUAAGGAGCCAACCCCCGAGCCAUAGUGAUGAUCGGUUCUCUCUCCUAACUCUGUGUUUGUUCGUCAGGUGUGGCUGGGUUUACCUUUUUGCAGUGUGUGACAUGCACCCAGGUGGAUCUUUCCGCAAUUCUUACAGCAAAGGCCGUCACCAACAGGACCUGAUAUGGACAUUCCCAACGGGGCUGCUUCCAGUCUUUCUUCUUUAAGGAUUAGAUCCACACCCAGUCACCUGGUUGGAUAGAGUUGGUUGGAUAGAGUGGGUUACCUUCUCCUUUAGUUUUCCUGUUGGGCACAAAACCUUAACACAAGACCACGGGUGUGGUUAAUAAACAACCUUCUCAUGUGUCCGGCUAGGGUGAUCUCAGUUUCUAUCUCUGCCUGCUAUGGUCCUCCUAACUCGGGCAUUCUGUAUGGUCUUCCAAAUACUUUCUCGAAUGGGGACAGUCCAUUUUUAUCUGGGGUUAUCCUUAUAGUCAUUAAUACUAUUGGUAAGCAUUGUACCCUAUUUCUACCAGUGCUCAUGUGUGUUUUCCUUAACCCCUCUCUAAUCGUACCGUUCAUAUUAGUAUUUUAUUUCUAGACUGUACCUAAAUAAAAGAAAAUACAAUUUAUUUAAGUAUUUAGUCCUCUCCUCCAUCUAGUUAUCUUUAAUCCUACCGUCUACUAUCAUCCCCCCUGUUGAUACGUGGCGUUACCCAUGUGUCAAUAUUGACCCACUUAAUCGAACCAGGACUCCACGUUUCAUUAAAUUCACUAAACCUAUAAAAUAACAAACCCAUAACCACUUUCCGGUAAUCUACUGAUUUAAACCUGUUGCAUUAAUUUAUUAAAAUAUAAACCUAUUGUUUAAUAAAUCCAUAACCUACGAAAAAUGUUUACUACGCCAUCAGCCUAAUAGUAAAAACGAUCUCCCAUUGUUCAACGUGAACUGUCUGCAUAACUCACUGUUGUAUAAACAAACUAUUCAGACAUCCGCUUCACAUUACCCUCUGCUUCAUUUACUAAAUCCUGGCAUUAGUAAAUUCUAUUAGUAAAUUCUAUCCACACACCACCAAAAACGAAUAACAUAUUUGCAUACACAUAACUAGAAAGCAUGAAUUUAAUACCAUUCUUGCUUAAACAAUGCAAAUCAACAUUUCUCAUCACCCAAUUUCUAUUACCUUUUUUUUUACACUGGAAACCCUCUACAAUCUCUAUCCUCUACCGCUGUCUUUCCAUCUAUCAUUACUUUAACAGAUAACCAAUUAUUUUGAAGUUAUAGUAAAAACAAACAAAACCUAUAUUCCCAGAGAUGCAACGUAAACUACUGUGUUAUACUAUCCUCCAUGUGUUGCUAGGACAAUCUCUUUCGUAUAAACUUAUCAAUUAGACCAGUCAGUCAAUGUUAUCUUACAUACUCUGCUUCCUUCCAACACUGCUUCAUUAUUCUUAGUGUUUGUUUAAUAAUCCUAUUAUUCUCUGAGUUCCCUUACUUCACUUCCCAUGAAUAUAAGACAUUCGCUUCUCUAGGCGUCGUAAACUACAUCCUAUUACCUCUGUUAUCAACUAAAAUUAUAGCCACCUCUUAUUAAACCCCCAAUCCGUCAUUAUUUAGAAUACAGCAGAUCUAGGCAACUGUCCUUUCUAAGUAGGCUACAAGUAACACCGAACACAUGCCUUAGUUGACCAGCAUAUAUUGAAUUUAUACCAUAGUAUUAAUAUCCAAUGUAGUGAUUGACAUUAAGCCACCAUUCUCAAUCGUUUAUAUAGCAAACCAUUAGGCAAUGAAAGUGGCAAAUAAAUCCCACUACUAUCACAAUUACAAUGGUUUGUCGUCUUACCAUCUGAUACAAAAUGAUGUUCCUUUACUUACUACACCUAAGCUCCACUCUGAUAAUUAUUAAUGGAAACCCUAAAUUGGCUUUGUACAAUAUUAUAAUUUACGUCUUUAACCACAUCACUUAUGGUCAGUUUAUUCCUUAAUCCUUAUCUCUAUUACAUUAUCCAAAUAUGGUACAAACUUAGAAAACCCAUAUUAAUGAUGUCCCACCCAUGACAUUAUGUCAACGUUUGGGUGAGCAAGUUAAUAUAUAAUUAUUAUUCCAAUUAUUAUUUUAUGAAAUCUCUAGUCUCUCAUUCAACACAUCCCCUUCAUCAACAAUACUCCCAGUAGAACCAACAAAGAACAGACUGUGAUUUCCAGGACACUGCCCCUUUGUUCUGGCCUCCUAUCUCCCCGAGAGUUGCCAUGAGAUACUCAACUCCCUUCAGGUCUUUCUUACUCCUCUUUUCUCUCCCGUUCUGCUCGUGGUGAACAGCAUACCUUUUAACCUCAAUCAAUGUUGCUGUGCCCCAGCCAAUCAGGGUCUCUUUUAUUUUUUGGGAGAAAUGUCAGGCCUCAUUGUUGAUGAUACGGCUUUUUGCACUCAUGGAUUUUAGAAAAAUCAGCAUGUAGUAAUAGGUAGUAAUAGGUAGUAAUCUCUAAGAUUGUUACAUAGUUGAUUAAGUUUAUCUCGAUACUCUCCGUCUACGGCCCACUGUAAAAUAACUCUGUCCCCCCUUCCUGGGGUCCAGUCUCCCUUCACAGCUGCCCAAUCCUUUUCUACCAUUAUCUGUCUCACUGCCCUUUCCAAUUCCCCCGUGUUUAACUUAAAACUUGCAGUGAGCCCUUCCAUAUCUCUCCUGAAUCCCUCUAUUCCUGUUUUUGGGUCCUGUUCUCGGACCACAUCUCUCUGGGUCCAUGCCCUGUAUACAUCUAAGGUUGCCGGGGCUCCCUCAGCCCCUGCCAAUGGAUUGGGUAAGGCAAUCAUUGGGUACUGGCCCCCUCCUACUCCCUCAUCUCUCUUUCGAGCCUCAGAGAGCCACACCCUAGCAGUAUCUAGUCCUUCCACUCACUCUCUUUCUGCUCUCCCCUUAUUUACUUUGUGCAUCUGUUUUACCAUGGAUUCGAGUUUGUCUGCGUCCAGACGCCCCUCGAACCCAUACCUCUCCCUCCAUCUAUUUCCAUAGUGGAGAUUCCUCUUGUCCUUAGACUCCAUAUAUCUCUCAUCACCGGUUAACUCCGGUACCUCCUUUGAGGAUUUACUUCCCAUGGUAACUAAACUCCUCUGCUAUUCUCUACUGAGUAUUUUGUACAAUUAUUUUAUGCCUAUUAACAAAUUACUAGGUCUCACUAAUUGGGUAUGUUUUAAUAGUCUCCUUACAAACACCUAAGUAUGUUUUAUACACUCCUCUCCUUCCCUUGGAAUGUUAUUCUUAGAUGUGACUUUUGAGCAAAUAUUAGGUCUCACACGUAUACAACCUUACAUGAUUAUUGGUUAACACUAUUGGUAACCCGGAGUUUGUAAGGCUCCAGUUUCAUGAAACGGAUAGAGUUACGGCAAAUCUACAGUUGUUUAUGACUUUUGACUUUAUUAAUAUUCAAUUUCUCACACAUGCUAUUUUAAUUCCUGUGUUGAUAUUUAUUGACAGUCCCGGACCGUCUCACAUAUUCGAAUUAGAUAACUUAUACUUAGAAUCUCUAAUAAUUAUUUUAUCACUUUUAAUUAAUUAUUAGGUGUCAAAUGAUUUUAUGACUUUUAAUGAAUUAUUAGGUGUCAAAUUAUUUUACGACUUUUAAUGAAUUAUACGUUUUAUUGUAUAUUCCUUCCUUGAAACAAUUAAUUAUCGCGACUUUCGAUGGAUCAUUAGGUCUCACACGUAUACGGACUUAAGUAAUCUUCUUGAUCACUUUUGCUGUUCCUUAUGACUUUUGACUUGUUUAAUGUAUCUAUCUCACACUGUAAUAAUUAUUUCCCUUCCUGUUAAUAUUUUAAAGACUGUAUCCAUGGACAGUCUAAAUAUCAACUAGUUUAUAUUGGGAUUGGCCUGUACCUUGAGUCAAUUGCGGACCCACUUCCUUCCUUCCUAUGCUUACCACUCCGGCAAGUCUUGCUGGAUUUCGGUAAUAACUCUCUGCCUUAUACAAGAAUUACAGCAAAAUUUCUAUGUUCUUGCAAGUUCAGAUCAUUCUCCCCCAAAAUCCAUGAAUAAAGACUACUGACCUUAUCCUUGCAGCUGGGAUUUAAAUUUUGGUUGGAUCUCGUCACCGUUUCUGUCAUGUACCAGUUUGCCACCGGCCUGAAAUAGACCCUCAAUUUCAGAGGUCAGGUCUUUGUCUUACGGAUCCUGGACCCACCCGUGCACGGUUUCGGGGUUCCCUGAAACGACAGAAAACGGGUGUUGAGAUCCGGCUCGAGGACCAAGUUGUCACGAGAAUUUUACUAUCUCAAUUGUUGAACUCAGCUAUCACUCAAGCUUUGAACAAUUCCCAGAGGUUGUAAGGCUCUGGUUAAUUAAUGAAUUAAACAAAGUCCCAUUUCUGCAAUGAAUCAGUAUUUUAUUAAUGAGAGCUCUGGCCUUUAUACACAUACGUCAGACGAAAAUCCCACCCCGCUUUAGGCGGGCUGUAUUUUUCCACUGUACACAUAUUUGUUAUCUCAAUUCUGCAACAUGUUUCAUAGUCUUCUCCGAGCCUAACAGUUUCUCCCCUCCCUGAGUUGGGAGGCCUAUUUCCUAUUAUUGGUUUCACAGUUGUCACAAGUUGUCUGUCGACAGUUCUCCUUCUCCUCUCCUUUGUUGACUGACCUAACUCCUACUUAAAUUGCUAAAUAGUAACACAAUGUCAUAAUCUUAACUUGUCCUACGCACACACAUUACUAGAUUAUAGUCUUAUUAUUCUAAUACAUUUCACACCGUUAUAUAGUUCCAGGGUGGAAUAUUUUAGUCAUUACAAAUUCUUCUAUCAUCAUGACAAAAGACAAAAUGACAUCAGACUGCUUUUAAUAACAUUUACGUCUCCUAAAAACUCCUCUUACCACACUGUCGUGAGUGUUGCUAAGCCAAGUGUUACCAUAACCAAAACCAUCAUUAUUUAAGCCUAGUCAAGGAAAUCACACACCACUGGAAGCAACACUGCUUACUUCAGAGCAAGAUCUGUGCAUCCGGCUUAAGUCAACGCUGUAGAUGUCAAAAAAUAAUUCAUUGUUCUGUACAGUGUUUUUACACAUUUGGAGAAGGACAAAGUUGAUCCUGUAAUCUGCUCACAGCUGGGAUGGAUUGCCUGUCACGGCAGAGAAGAGCCCAUUAAAAGAACAGAUAGAAGGGUUGGAUUUAUCAGACCGGGGUAACUUGGAGCACUGCUAAAUGUUUUGGCAUAUAUCACAAGGUAAGAAAGAUCCUUGAAUUGAGAGGCAUCACAGACUGAGAGACUUUGCUGAGCUGUCUGAUCUACAGGGUCCAUACUGUAUGACAUUAACAGGACUCAAUCUGUCUUUGCUGUUGGAGAACUGUAGAGAAUGCUUGAAUAACUGUAGGAAGGUUAUUGAAUACAUUACCUUUAAUGAAAAUGACAGACAAUGAGUUCCCUGGAGAGAAAUGAGUCCAUGGAAAGGUUGUUCAUUUCAGACUGUUAUGGAUUGUGUUACAAUAAUAAUAUAAACUCAUGGAAAGGCAGACUUGUCAAUGUUAAGACAUUCAGUAGCUUUUUGUCUGUUGGAACCUGCCCCUCAUUCUUUUACUUCAAUGAUCCAGGUGCUAUCUAGAACCAAAAAGGGUUAUUUGGCUGUCCCCAUAGGAGAACCCUUUGAAGAACCCCUAUUGGUUCCAGGUAGAACCCUUUUGGGUUCCAUGUACAUGGAACCCAAAAGGGUUCUACCUGGAACCAAAAAGGGUUCUCCUAUGGUGACAACUGCAGAACCCUUUUGGAACCCUUUUUUCUAAGAGUGCAGAGUAAAGAUUUUUCCAGAGGCGCAUCAUUACCUUGUGAGAAAAGGUAUUUUGACUCCUGAAUCUUUAUUGCAUCACAAUUAGUGGACAGGAAACAGGCCUAACAACAGGGUGCUACAAUGAGAUGUCUGCAGCAGUCAGCGUCAGCUGGUAAUUAUAUCUGAUUACACUGUACAAAGCACUGCCAGUGGAGGCUCACACAGCUCUGUGGAAUCACUCAGCCAUUGUGUUUUGUAACUACAGCGUUUGCAGAGUCUGGAAGCCGACCAAGGCCACAAGCUGACUAUUAUUUCUCAACAACGUCACAAAAGAGGUUGAGUGAGGCUGAGAAAAACUACUGAUUGAAUGUCUGCAUUUAUAAUGACUUUGUAGGAACUCUUUUAUGGAGAUUCUCCAUUGUUUUAGUAUUGUUAGUGCUGCAAGGGAGGUGUUGCUAUUUCUGUGAGAGAGCUACAGUGGACUGAUUAGAUGACUUGAGGAGGGGGUUUAGUACUGCAGGCCAGGACCCCUAUUCUGUGUGUGGACUAAAAUACCAGAGCCAUCUGAUUCAGAGGGGUUGGGUUAAAUGCAGAAGACACAUUUCAGUUGUAUGCAUUCAGUUGUGCAACUGACUAGGUAUCCCCCUUUCCCUAUUUUCAGCCCAAAACCCAGUGAUCUUCCCCACUUUCUGGCCCCUCAGAGGGCCCCGUGAAGGAGGAAUGCUGACGGUCUCUCUCUCUAUGUUUCUCUUCUCUGGACCCAGAUUCACUGAGGAGGGCUUCUGUUUGUUUUGGGGUCAUUCCUUUUUUCCCCUUGCUCUUUUUUAAACUUAACAUCACAGCUGCACUCCUCCUCCUCUCUUUCUUCCUCUCUUUCUCUCCCUUUCCAUCUCUCGCUCUCUCUUCCACCAGUGCACACACUUUUGAGUCGCCUGGCUUUAACCUCCCAAUCCCCGUAACCCCCGUUGCAGGAGAAGAAAAUAAAAGCUUAGAGAAGAAGUGGGGAUGAGAGAGAACCCCACUGGGUUUUUGGGAAGGCUGUUGGGUUUUCUUCCCAACAUUCCAGUCAUAGUGGCUGGAGUCCAGCCAGUCUCUAGCUAGCUUAGAGUUAAAUGUCUGACUCUCUCGCUACCUCCUCCUCUUAUCAGUUCAUACAGGGUCAGAGUGUAUACAGUAAACUUACUCAUGUAUUACACAGAGCCUACAUUAGAGACCCAAUACGCAUAGCAAAGUUGCACAGAUUCACACUGACAUAUACAUUACUGCAUAUGGAUGAAAUAAGACACAGUUCAUGACAUUUCAUAGUACCUUUUUCGAGGAUUAACUGUUGGGUCACUCGGUCUGGGUAAAUUACUGACAUAAUUAAGUAAAGUAAUGACAUGUAUAUUAUCUGAUAUCUGAACAGAAACAUCUUCAAAUAUGAAACUUUAUUAUUAUGCCAAGUGUUUCCUCAACCAGACAUUUUCUCAUGAUAAAAUUCCAAACCAGUCCCCCAAAACCCCAGACCGCUCAGUCCUCAUUUAGUUCUUCAGCCAACCUUCCCUCACAUCACAUUCAGACCACAGACUCCCCGCGAGGAGAAAGGCCAUUCCAGGUCUCACGUCUAAAAUGGGGCAAAUAUCCCAGAAUCUGACAGAGAAAUAACAAAUAAAUAGACAUUACCAACCUUGCAUUAAUAAACGUGUGAAAAAACAUGUGCAACCACAUUUCAAUUUUCAAAGCAGCAGCCCCCUCCAAUUAACACUUAUCUAGACACAUAACCUUGGUCAAUGUCUGCUUAAGUUGAGGAGAUAUAACAGUGGGCUAGGUAUCAUUGUGAGAAAGCUAGCCUUUCAACAGCACCACAACCAGCUGAAAGAUGCUUGCUCUAACAAAGCAGGACAUCCAUUAACAGUGAUAUUGAUCAUGUUCCUGCUCUCUCCACAUUAGCAGCUAAAGAUGGAAUAAUUUCUGAACAGUGUUAUUGACUCCCCCCCCCUCUCUCUCGCUUGCCCCUCUCUCUCUCUCUCUCUCUCUCUCUCUCUCUCUCUCUCUCUCUCUCUCUCUCUCUCUCUCUCUCUCUCUCUCUCUCUCUCUCUCUCUCUCUCUCUCUCUCUCUAUCUCUAUCUCUAUCUCUAUCUCUCUCUCUAUCUAUGUGUCUCUCUUUCUCUCUCUCCACAGAGCCAGUGAAUGGUGAUGUGUUUGUAUUCUUCCACGAGGGGGCUCAGGGCUGUCUAGGGGUGCAGGGUCACUCCCUGUCCCUGUCCGAGUCCUGCGAGGAUGACGCCCAGAAGUGGAAGUGGGUGACCCGGGGCCGGCUCUUCAACCUAGGCUCCUCUCUGUGCCUGGGCCUGACCACGGGCAACUACAGCUCCAGGGAGGAUGCCUCACCGCUGGGCGUCUACCCCUGUGACAGAGAGCCUCCCCUGGUCCGCUGGACCUGGUACUGUGCCCAGGUGUUGGAGAACCUCAACCUGUACCUGCCGUCCCCCUCGCACCCUGUUAACCCCUCCGCUAACUCCUCAGUGAAGGCCUCGGAUGUAAAGCCCCCACAUGAGGGGCUCAAAUGGAGGCUCUUUGGGGACGAUCAGGACCUUUGUUCUAGGACCUAUCGUGGUAAGUAGAAGAGGUUCUGCUGCUGGUUGACAAAGUCAUUCUAGUGCAUUACAAAGGGCUGAUGACGCUAUUUUGUACUCUUGAUUUUGUUUUGGUAUCGAGCAACAAGACCUCAGUUCGACUCUGGUAGGCCAGGGGAGUCAGCCAUUUUGAAAUAGAAAAUUCAAACCAGAAUAUGGUUUGUCUCUAUUUCUCCCACCAGUGCUUGUGAAUGAAAAGCUGAGGCAGGGUUAGUCAGCUGUGUUGAACUGUUGAGGAGGGUACAGCUGUAUCUGUUCAGAUGCAUGCUGCAAUUUAUUGCCCUGGGCCUCUCUGUAUGACUGACUGGCAGCCCGCCAGCUAGAUAGCUAAGGAAAGCCCUCUCUCUCUGUGUUUGUAAACUCAAGACGUGAACAGUGGAAUGCCCUUGCCCUCACAUAGCCUACGGUAGAGCUGGGAUGAUCAACCGGAAAUUAUUGACACCGACCAUACCUAUCACUUAUCGCAGGCAUUUUGCUGAUAUCGUUCAUUACGAUAAGUAGCCUAUACUAGAGAAAUGUGAAGUUUGAAAUUAAAUAAGUAUGUAAAUAUCGGUCAUUGUUGAUGGGACAAUUGAUGGCUAUAACCAUCAAACUAGUAGUAGAAGUUUAAAGGAAACGUUUAAAAAACUUGUUGCACAUGAAUGUUAUAAACUAUCGUUCUAUUUAUCGUUAUCACAUCAAUUCAGGCAAUUUAUCACAAUAUGGAUUUGUCCAUAUCACCCAGCUCUAGCCUACGGUAUAUUAGUGUUUAUGUAGGACCUAGGAGUUGAAGCCCCUGGUUAGGGGUUAUCAGUGUGGUUUUGAAGCAAAGCCUUGUUUCCACUGUUAUUAUUAUUCAUACAGAUAUCAAAUGUCAUAAUUUAAGUGGCAUUGACAGCCUUUCUGCUGGGCUUAGUCUGUGAAAUAGUGUCUCUAGCCUGUCUGACUGCAAUUAAAACCAGAUCUCCUACAACUUAAGUCCAGAAAACGACUUCUUAACUUUCCUCCUCUAUCUUUCCUCUCCUUCUUUUCCUUUCCUUUUUUUGUGGCACAGCAAAAGGCAUUUGUAACUUUUAACUGCCAUUCCUCACAACUUGCUUUUGUGAAGUCAACACGCUGCUGGAUAAAGAUAGCCACGGACAUUAGUCACCCCGCCGUGUAGCUAGCAGGCUAUCAGCUUGACACAAACCAGCCAGUGGUGGAGGAGAGAGGGAAAUUAAGGAGGGAGGGAACUUUCUAGGCCUUUCCCCCCCUUUUAACACAUAUGCCCUACUUUCCAUGGGCCUGGCUGGUUCUCUGUGUGUUUUGGUAACAUUGCAGACACCCUUCCAGUUUCUCUCUUUACAGCUCUCUCUCUCUCUCUCUCUCUCUCUCUCUCGCUCCUCUCUCUCUCUCUCUCUCUCUCUCUCUCUCUCUCUCUCUCUCUCUCUCUCUAUCUCUCUCUCUCUCUCUCUCUCUCUCUCUCUCUCUCUCUCUCUCUUUCCUUGCUCUAUCUCUCUUUCCUCGCUCGCUCGCUCGCUCGCUCUCUUCCCUCUUCCCUCUUUCUCCCUUUCCCCCUUUAACCCACCCCCCUCUCUCUUUCUCCAUCGUGAAUUGGAGAGUUGAUUUGAGUUUUUCCCCUGCUGCCCUUUCCUUCAUACCCCGCUGUCCAGUGGAAUGCAGAGGCUACCGUGGCAACCCCUGGGCAUUUUGUCAAACUGUGAAGCUCAGGUUUCAUUCAAAAUAAUGUUCAUUCACCUCUCCAAGAAUAAUGGAGUUUAGUUUCUACAUGGCAGUCUCAUAAUAGACUGCAAAAAGAACUAAAACAGCUGCUUAUAAACUAAACUCAUUAUUAUUUUAUUAUUUUAGAGAAAGUUUUUUGGAAAGAGUAUCCUUUUUACCCCUGUCAAUUGCUAGUGAAAAUGAAAAUGACCUUUUCUGGCAUACUUUUUAGUUUGAGGCAGUAAUUGAGUUUUUAUAAAGCUUUGUCCUGAUGUAUUUAUUUUUCUGUUGUAAAUUGUUUGAUUGUUUUUCCAUUAUCUGGUCUAUUUUGGUUUAUUGUUGACCUGAUGGUCUUUCCCAUACCUUUCCCUGGUCCAAAAUAACACUUUGGCGUGUGUCAUCAUUUCCUGUAAUAUAUCUUCUAUUUAUUUAUCACGUUUAAUUGCACAUGUCUUUGAGUACACAGAUUUGUUUGCUCAGUAAAAACUAUCCACACAAAUCAAUUUGGGACAGAAAGUGACGCUUGUGAGUGCAUACUGGGAUUUGAAGUCUUUCCAUCGUGUGCCUUGCAGAGAUCUAUACUAUCCAGGGGAACUCUCGCGGUCUGCCCUGCUACCUGCCCUUCCUGUACGAUGGCCAGUGGUUCCACAGCUGCACCAGUAUUGGCAGAGAGGACGGUCACCUGUGGUGUGCCACCACCUACAACUACAGCAAGGACGAACGCUGGGGCUUCUGUCCUGUUAAGAGUGAGUCACUGUCUCACACAGCUAUGUUCCUCUUCCUCUUCCACCCCCCCCCCCCCCCCCCCCCCCCCCCCAAACGCACCACAGACUCUUUCUAUGUCUCCCUAUGACUAUUUCCCCUUGCAAUUAUAUCUGUUUCUCCCUCCCUCCCCUCUCUCUCUCUCCCUCCCCUCUCUCUCCCUCCCUCUCUCCCUCUCACAGGCAAUGACUGUGAGACGUUCUGGGACACAGACCCCCUGACAGACAGCUGCUACCAGUUCAACUUCCAGGCCACCCUGUCAUGGAGCGAGGCUCGCAUCAGCUGCCAACAACAGGGGGCAGACCUGCUCAGUAUCACCAAGCUGCAUGAACAGACCUACAUCAAUGGUAAGAGAUCAGAGGAGAUUCUGAAAUCUAGUACUCCAUGGUAGUACAUGGGAAAGGUUUUCUUCCUUAAUCUCAGUUUGAUAGAAAUGUAUUUAUAGGUCUGUUAUGAACUGAUGUUAAACAUUAUUGAUAAACAACUAUGUAGUAAGCGUUUAUAAGCCAUUUAAAAGCAUACCUUAAAAUCAAGUGUUACCCUCUCUUCCCGACUUACCUCUUCUCUAAUAGUUUUAAAGUGGUAGAGUGUGAUCUUGUCUUUGUUUAUAUGAGGACAUCUUACGUUUUUAAGAGAAGUCUCUCCCUGAUGCUGUAGGUUUGCUGACUGGUUACAGUGCUGCUCUGUGGAUCGGACUGAAUGACCUGGACAUCAGCGGAGGCUGGCAGUGGGCUGACUCCUCCCCUCUCAAAUACCUCAACUGGGAGAACGGUGAGAGAACACUGCCUUUAACCCAACCCAACCUCAACCAUCCUCAACCAUCUUUUUAACCCAACCCAACCUCAUCCAUCCUCAACCAUCUUUCUAACCCAACCCAACUUCAACCAUCCUUUUAAAAGCAGAUUGACAUUUAUUGUCAUGAAUCUUGCCCUGGAGGCAGAACUGAGCGAUCUCCGCUAGAUGGGCCAGCUGAAAAGUCAAAAUUGGCUAUAUCGUAAAAAUGCAUGAAAACAAAAAUGAGCUUUUUGGUCUUAAGGUUAGGGUUAGGCAUUAGGGUUAGCAGUGUGGUUAAUGUUAGGGUCAGUGGCGGCUCCUGAAAAAAUUCUCAGGGGGGGCAAUUUUUCUGAUGAUUUAGGUGACCUACACACAUUUUUAAAAAGAUAUGUCCAGCAACAACAUGAAGACAGGGGCAGCAUAUAAGUCAAUACCAGAAGCAUUUAUUGACUGAUCUCAAAAGUGUUGGCUUACCAGGGUUGGUGGAGCCCUCAGUUUCAUCUUUGCCUCGCAAAGCUAACUCAAACACUCCGCAAAACUUCACACACUGGAUUAGCCGGCUGAGGAUGUGGCGGUUCUUGCUAAUGUCGUAGUAAAUAUAUUUGUUAUAGUGAAUAUGGAAUAUGAUAUGUUGAGUAAAAUGUUGUGCUAAGAUCUAUUUAGGUCAGGAGCUGGUUAUAAGUUCUGUUCCUAUCCAAUAACAAUGGACAAAAGGGUCCUAUCUUGUCAGCCUUGUCAGUUUCAGUUCUCCAGUAAACUUGUGAUUAUCAACACUAACCUCAUCGUUGUGGCGGCGGACAGCUAGCCUGUAUCCCUCAUCCAGUUGAGUGGGAAUGUUCACUCUCCCCAAAGCAGACAAUCUCAAACAGCUAUCCAUGUGGGUCUUUGACAGCUCAUGUUUCUUAAUCUUUCCUGAAAGAUGGUGCAUGUCCGUUACACACCAGUCGCUGUCCAAGCGGUGCUGUCUGCCGUGCCGCCUUCAGGGUGAAAGAGUAAGCAGGGGGUAGCAGAAGACUGCAUUAGCUACAUCGCAGCCUGCUAGCCAGGUUUUUCGUUCGUACCAAUUUUUGGAAAAUCCUCGGGUGUAGGACUUCCCCCCUUUAGUAGAAACCUGUUGAAUUAUUAAAUUUGGUCUGGGAGGUCCUAAUUGUUUCGUUGCCAAUUUAUCUUCAUUUGUUCGCCGACAAAAAGGAACUUCUUUCAAAGACACAAUCGAGUUGCACUGAAGCCUAGCCAUUUUGACAGUAAUAGUGAAUUGAUUGACGCUGCUACCCGCUCUUUUCUUAGUUACGUUCAUGGUUAUGUUACGUAUGACGAAAGCGCGUAAGUGCAAGCCCUCAGAAACCCAUAGAGAUUGUAUUGAAAGCUCUGAUAUUUGAAAAAAAUAGAUUUUACAUGGGAGUCUAUGACAGACUUCUGGGCGAUUUUCAACCUGACUGAAAUCGCCCCAAAAGGGGGGGGGGGGCAUUUGAAGCACGACUUUAGCCUGAUUGGACAUUUAGUGGCACUGUGGCAGAUCAGACGUCUAGAUUACAACACUGAUAACUACUGUUGCCGUGAUAUAAUUGAUUAGAAAAAAAAUCCCUUCCUUUUCCCGUUUGGCAGUGCGUCGCCCAUAUCGCCCUAUUGAACACACCGCCCCUGGUUAGGGUUAAUGUUAUGGUUAGGUUUAAAAUCAGAUUGCAUUACUUUGUGGCUAUGCCAGCAAGUGACCACUCUGUAGAGCUGCCUCCAGGGCAAGAUUCAUGACAAUAAAUGCCGACCUGCUCCUUUUAACCCAACCCAACCACGUACAUCCUCAACCAACCUUUUAACCUUAUCCAUCCUCAACCAUCCUUUUAACCCAACCUCAUCCAUCCUCAACCAUCCUUUUAACCCAACCCAACCUCUACCAUCUGUUUACAACACUAAUACCACAGACUACACAGAGAACUUCUAAGCUUUCUCUUCUUUCUAUCUCACAAUAUUUAUUCUAUCUCCAUCCCAGACCAGCCGAGCCAUAUGGAGGAGGAGAACUGUGCGGUGAUCAGGACAGAGUCAUCUGGCCGCUGGCAGAACAGAGACUGCUCUGUAGCCCUUCCCUACGUCUGUAAGAAGAGGCCCAAUGCCACCCUGGACCCCUUCACCACCGGUAAGUCUGCCUAGUCACCGGUCGAGUCUCUAGACCUCCUUAUCAAAUCCUCCCUGCUAAAAUGUUUACAGAUGUAGGAUCUUAAUUUGAUCACUCUUUUGUUGCUGAGAAUCUUCCUGCAAAUCAGGAAAGGCAAACUUGUAGUGUAUUUGAGUUUUAAAAAGGCUUCUAAUGUUUGUAAUUUCCACUUUGAAAUUUCAGACUUGAUUUUCCCUUACGAAAAAUGUAUCAACCCCUACAAAAAUGUCAGUUUGUUAAAAUCCACAUAAUAAAUCACAUUUCCUGUUACCGCAGGAUUAUUUUCCUCCUGUACCAAACUGUCUCAAAUUAAGAUCCUACAUCUGUAGCUUGUUGUUUCAUGGAUAGUUACAUACACUGUAUGUGAGUAGUUAGAGUCAUAAAAAAAUUAUCACAUAUUUGUGUUACCAUCGGUUAUAUGCUCUCUACUGUAUUAACAAAGAGUUAACAAAGGGUAUAUUUCCCUUCUGUUUGAUCUCUGUCUCUGCUCUGUGGGCUGCAGACUCGUGGGCGGAUGAUGAGAAGUAUGAGUGUGAUGUGGGCUGGCAGGCGUUCCAGGCAGGCUGCUACAGACUGACGUCAGAGAAGGUGGACUGGGACGCAGCUCAGAAAACCUGUCAGAAAAUGGAGGCCAACCUGGUCAGCCUCCACACCCUGCCUGAACUAGAGUUCAUCAUCAACAACAUCAAGAGAGGUACACAGAUAAUACAGCAUUUCAUCGAAAGGCACCUCAACCUGAAGAGAGGUACACAGAUAAUACAAUACUGUACAUGCCACUAAAAGAAGCUUCAACCUCAGUGUCAACAGUUUCUCUCUUAGGAGACCGUUUACUUGUUUCUUGUUUGUUUUUAAAUAUAUGCACAUAUGUACAAUUUGAAAUAAUAAAUGAAAUAAUAAACUAUAUACAGUGCCUUCGGAAAGUAUUCAGACCCCUUGACUUUUUCCACAUUUUGAUAGGAUAAAGCCUUAUUCUAAAAUUUAUUAAAUCGUUUUUCUCCCCUCAUCAAUCUACACACAAUACCCCAUAAUGACAAAGCAAAAACAGGUUUUUUAGAAAUGUUUGCUAAUUUAUUACAAACACAUUUACAUAAGUAUUCAGACCCUUUACUCAGUACUUUGUUGAAGCACCUUUGGCAGCAAUUACAGCCUUGAGUCUUCUUCGGUAUGACACUAUAAGCUUGGCACACCUGUAUUUGGGGAGUUUCUCCCAUUCUUCUCUGCAGAUCCUCUCAAGCUCUGUCAGGUUGGAUGGGGAGCAUUGCUGCACAGCUAUUUUCAGGUCUCUCCAGAGAUGUUCGAUCGGGUUCAAAUCCGGUCUCUGGCUGGGCGCUUAGGGUCGUUGUCCUGAUGGAAGGUGAACUUUCCUCCCAGUCUGAGGUCCUGAGUUCUCUGGAGCAGGUUUUCAUCAAGGAUAUCUCUGUACUUUGCUCUGUUCAUCUUUGGCUCGAUCCUGACUAGUCUCCCAGUCCCUGCCGCUGAAAAACAUCCCCACAGCAUGAUGCUGCCACCACCAUGUUUCACCAUAGGGAUGGUGCCAGGUUUCCUCCAGACGUGACACUUGGCAUUCAGGCCAAAGAGUUCAAUCUUGGUUUCAUCAGACCAGAGAAUCUUGUUUCUCAAGGUCUGAGAGUCUUUAGGUGCCUUUUGACAAACUCCAAGCGGGCUGUCGUACUUUUUACUGAGGAGUGGCUUCCGUCUGGCCACUCUAUCAUAAAGGCCUGAUUGGUGGAGUGCUGCAGAGAUGGUUGUCCUUCUGGAAGGUUCUCCCAUCUCCACAGAGGAACUCUAGAGCUCUGUCAGUGACCAUCGGGUUCUUGGUCACCUCCCUGACUAAGGUCCUUCUCCCCUGAUUGCUCAGUUUGGCCAGGUGGCCAGAUCUAGGAAGAGUCUUGGUGGUUCCAAACUGCUUCCAUUUAAGAAUGAUGGAGGCCACUAUGUUCUUGAGGAUAUUCAAUGCUGCAGAUUUUUUGGUACCCUUCCCCAGAUCUGUGGCUCAACACAAUCCUGUCUCGGAGUUCUACGGACAAUUCCUUCGCCCUCAUGGCUUGGUUUUUGCUCUGACAUGCACUGUCAAAUGUGAGACCUUAUAUAGACAGGUGUGUACCUUUCCAAAUCAUGUCCAAUCAAUUGAAUUUAUAACAGGUGGACUCCAAUCAAGUUGUAAAAACAUCUCAAGGAUGAUCAAUGGAAACAGGAUGCACAUGAGCUCAAUUUUGAGUCUCAUAGCAAAGGGUCUGAAUACAUAUGUACAUAAGGUUUUUCCGUUUUUUAUUUGUACUAAAUUUUCAAGAAUAAGGCUGUAACGUAACAAAAUGUGGAAAAGGUCAAGGGGUCUGUAUACUUUCCGAAGGCACUGUAUGUAUAUACACUACCAGUCAAAAGUUUGGACACACCUACUCAUUCAAGGGUUUUUCUUUAUUUUUACCAUUUUUUACAUUGUAGAAUAAUAGUGAAGACAUCAAAACUGUGGAAUAACACAUAUGGAAUCAUGUAGUAACCAAAAAAGUGUUAAACAAAUCAAAAUACAUUUUAUAUUUGAGAUUCUUCAAAUAGCCACCAGUUGCCUUGAUGACAGCUUUGCACACACAUGGAAUUCUCUCAACCAGCUUCAUGAGGUAGUCACCUGGAAUGCAUUUUAAUUAACAGGUGUGCCUUCUUAAAAGUUAAUUUGUGGAAUUUCUUUCCUUCUUAAUGCGUUUGAGCCAAUCAGUUGUGUUGUGACAAGGUAGGGGGGUAUACAGAAGAUAGCCCUAUUUGGUAAAAGACCAAGUUCAUAUUAUGGCAAGAACAGCUCAAAUAAGCAAAGAGAAACGACAGUCCAUCAUUACUUUAAGACAUGAAGGUCAGUCAAUACGGAACAUUUCAAGAACUUUGAACAUUUCUUCAAGUGCAGUCACAAAAACCAUCAAGCAGUAUGAUGAAACUGGCUCUCAUGAGGACCGCCACAGGAAGACCCAGAGUUACCUCUGCUGCAGAGGAUAAGUUCAUUAGAGUUACCAGCCUCAGAAAUUGCAGCCCAAAUAAAUGCUUCACAGAGUUCAAGUAACAGACACAUCUCAACAUCAACUGUUCAGAGGGGACUGUGUGAAUUAGGCCUUCAUGGUAGAAUUGCUGCAAAGAAACCACAACUAAAGGACACCAAUAAGAAGAAGAGAUUUGCUUGGGCCAAGAAACACGAGCAAUGGACAUUAGACCGGUGGAAAUGUGUCCUUUGUCUGGAGUCCAAAUUGGAGAUUUUUGGUUCCAACCGCCGUGGCUUUGUGAGACACGGUGUGGGUGAACGGAUGAUCUCCGCAUGUGUAUUUCCCACCGUAAAGCAUGGAGAAGGAGGUGUUAUGGUGUGGGGGUGCUUUGCUGGUGAGACUGUCUGUGAUUUAUUUAGAAUUCAAGACACAGUUAACCAGCAUGGUUACCACAGCAUUCUGCAGUGAUAUGCCAUCCCAUCUGGUUUUUGCUUAGUGGGACUAUCAUUUGUUUUUCAACAGGACAAUGACCCAACACACCUCCAGGCUGUGUAAGGGCUAUUUUACCAAGAAGGAGAGUGAUGGAGUGCUGCAUCAGAUGACCUGGCUUCCACAAUCCCCCGACCUCAACCCAAUUGAGAUGGUUUGGGAUGAGUCGGACCGCAGAGUGAAGGAAAAGCAGCCAACAAGUGCUCAGCAUAUGUGGGAACUCUUCCAAGACUGUUGGAAAAGCAUUCCAGGUGAAGCUGAUUGAGAGAAUGCCAAGAGUGUGCAAAGCUGUCAUCAAGGCAAAGGGUGGCUAUUUGGUUACUACAUGAUUCCAUAUGUGUUAUUUCAUAGUUUUGAUGUCUUCACCAUUAUUCUACAAUGUAGAAAAUAAUAAAAAUAAAGAAAAACCCUGGAAUGAGUAGGUGUGUCCAAACUUUUGACUGGUACUGUAUAUAUAUCUAAUUGGAGACAGUUAUUUACAACGUUUUGCACCACCACACUGUAAAGAUAGGGUUUGGCAUACUGUAGUUACACCCUACCUACACGCUUAGAAAAAAAGGUGCUAUCUAGAACCUAAAAGGGUUCUUCAGCUGUCCUCAUAGGAAUAACCUUUGAAGAACCCUUUUUGGUUCCAGGUAGAAAGAACCCUUUUAGUUCCAAGUAAAUCCCUUUUGGGUUCAAAGUAGAACCCUUUCCAUGGAGGGCUCUACAUGGAACCCAAAACGGUUGUACCUAGAACCAAAACGGAUUCUCCUAUGGGGACAGCUAAAGAACCCUUUUGGAACCCUUUUUUCUAAGAGUGUAUAAUAUUCCAAUCCACUCACUGCUUCUCCCAUCUUGUUUCUGUCCUAAUGUGAUUGCUGUAGUGUCUCCUCCUCCCUGCUCUGUGAUAGUUAUCGUCAUAUCUCUGUGUGUCAGAUGUGGAGGAGCUGUGGAUUGGUCUCCAUGACACGGCUAUGCAGAUGGACUUCCAGUGGACAGACCACACGCCCGUCAUCUUCACUUACUGGCACCCCUUUGAGCCCAACAACUUCCAAAACACCCCAGAGGACUGUGUCACCAUCUGGGGACCCGUGAGUGACCCUUGACCUUUGACCCCUACAGUCUGGACCCUUCGUCAUCUCACAGCUGUCUGUUCUCACUGCCAGCAAGCCUCCCUCCAGAAAGCUGUUGUUUAUACUCAGCAGCUGUGUCCUCUCUCUUUCUUUGUGUGUGUGCGCGCGUGUGUGUGUGUGUACAGGAAGGCCGCUGGAAUGACAGUCCCUGUAACCAGACCCUGCCGUCCAUCUGUAAGAAAGCAGCACAGAAGACUGACGGACAGGCCACAGGACCACGGCUGCAAAACCGUAAGACGUUAUGUAGUCUCGUUCUCUCUUCUCUCUCUAUCGCGGCGCGCGCCGCUCUCUCUCUCUCUCUCUCUCUCUCUCUCUCUCUCCUCUUCUAUCUCCUCUCUCUCUUUAUCUCUUCCCAUUUUCCCCCUUUUUUCCUCCUUCUCUUUUCUUUAGUUCCCCCUUUCCGAAUCUUUUCCCUUCCCCCUUUUAUUGUUGGUUGC